GUCAUUUCCACGCAAAACAAGGAGACCAUGGACACGCAUUCAACAGACGUAGAGCCGUUCAGGCGCUCCGAAAUUCCUGUGGCGCUCCAAAUUCCACCACGAGUCAUACACGCCUCACCACCCGUCGUACACGCACUCCUCUUCUCUCCAACGCGAGCUCGCGAACGAAGAGAGACCUAGAAGAAACACAACACACCCCCACUCCUUUUACAAAACCACCCCUUUUUUCUCAUCAAAACGCAAGAAAAAACCCCAUUUCUAUUGACACGAUUCAAAUCACAUAUAUUAAUAGUACCCAAGAAGCUGGGCCUUUCGACCUUUCAUUCUUCGGCCUUCUUAUAUAUUCUAUUUCUGGUACCCUUUUUUUUUGGGUUUUGAUAGAGUAUUUGAAGGAGAGAUGGUAUGUUCAAGGCAUACCGUUCCGUCAUGGUUGAGUGCGGCAUCGAGGGUCGAUUUCGACGGUGGGGCUGCUGCUAAUGUGUCCAAGUCCGAAUCCGUUUUCGCCGACGGUCUUGAUACUUCCCCUCAUCACCACCAUUCCAAUACUCUCUCCGACACCAACAUGGGUUUCGCUGAACGUUCUUUUUCCGCCGCUGGGGCUGCUGUCCUGUCGGCGAUCCUCGUUAAUCCGCUAGACGUUGCGAAGACGAGGUUGCAGGCGCAGGCUGCUGGAGUUCCUUAUUCACCUCCGAAUCAUCAGAUGAGCAGGUGCAUGGCAUCUCUCGGGCCAAGCACGAUCUUCUCGGAUGCGAGAUGUUCUCCAUUAUGCACCCGUGGUGGAAUUCUUGGGACCGAACCCUUUUGUCCUCCUGAUUGUUUUCAGUACAAGGGAACCAUGGAUGUGUUUUACAAAAUCAUUAGACAGGAAGGAGUUGCUAGGUUGUGGAGGGGAACAAAUGCAAGCUUAGCAUUGGCUGUACCAACGGUGGGAAUUUACUUGCCUUGUUAUGACAUUUUCCGCAACUGGAUAGAAGAAUUUACUGCCCAAAAUGCUCCUACCUUGACACCAUAUGCCCCCCUAGUUGCCGGCUCACUCGCACGAUCACUAGCUUGCAUCACCUGUUCUCCUAUUGAAUUGGCAAGAACGCGCAUGCAGGCAUAUAAAGAGUUCCAAAUUGGAGCAAAGCCUCCGGGAAUGUGGAAAACUUUAGUUGGGGCCCUCUCAUCUGUCGGGAGUACAAGUAACCUUCAGAGCUUUAAGGGCUUUCGCAUCCUAUGGAUGGGCGUCGGAGCACAACUCGCCCGCGAUGUUCCUUUCUCUGCAAUUUGCUGGUCAACCCUCGAACCAAUUAGGAGAAGAUUACUUGGGCUGGUUGGUGAAGAGGCCAAUGCAGCAAGUGUUCUAGGGGCAAACUUCUCAGCUGGUUUUGUCGCAGGGAGCCUUGCUGCUGCAGCUACAUGUCCUCUAGACGUUGUCAAGACUCGAAGACAAAUUGAGAAGGAUCCAACAAGGGCAAUGAGGAUGACAACGAGGCAAACACUAAUCGAAGUCUGGAGGGAUGGAAGGAUGAAGGGACUUUUUACAGGCAUCGGCCCCCGGAUUGCACGCGCUGGCCCUUCGGUUGGGAUCGUGGUUUCUUUUUAUGAGGUGGUUAAGUACGCUCUACAUCAAAGACGCUCAAAUUCGUGAGGGGAGGGGAGAGUACACAAUUGUUCCAUUCUAUCAUUUUGAGCUGCAUGCAUUGUGGUGCGUCGUUUUGAGCCGCAUGAGGUGGCAAGUUAGAUGACGCAGCUGUUUCUUUUUUCUGAGGUCUAGCACAAAGAUGCCUCCCUGAAUUUUGGCCCUAAAAUGGGCAAACUGCUGGGACCCAC